AGUGUUCAAAAAAUGUUUUUGCUAGACGAUGCCGUCCGCAUGACGCCCCACAUGCCCACGAUGAUCUCCCUCAAUUGUCCGGUGAGCAUGAAGAAGAUUCAGGUGCCCUGUCGCGGGCUGAAUUGUUCGCACUUUCUGUGCUUUGACGCCGGUGCUUACAUCGAAAUGAACGAGCGUCUGAAUACCUGGGAGUGUCCAGUGUGCCACAAGGGGGCCCCUUUCGAGGAUCUCGUUAUAGACGGCUAUUUUUAUCAUAUCCUUAAUUCGGGGCUACUGGGGACUGGCGACUUUGAGGUACUGGUCUACAAGGAUGGCUCGUGGUGUGCUCCAAGCUCAUUACUCCACAAAAAUAUUCUGCCCAUUACAUAUAUUACAACAACAUCACUAACCAAUAUUGAAGAUGAUAUUCCACAUUCCAUUUGAGAUCUGAUAGUAUCAAUAUCAUGUUUCACAU